AUGGAUCUGGGACCCGAGGCAUCCGGCGGGCGGCGGGGCUCCGGACUGGAUACCUGGGGGUUCCACCUUGUUGACCCCCUCCGGCCAGGGCCGUGUCUGGACGAGGCCCGUGCCGGCUUGGAAAGGCGGGGCAUCUACACGCCUAGUCAUUGCAACGAGGCCGAAAAGCUCCUUCGUUUGGACAAUUCGUUGCACAAAAUUGGCACUACCACAGGCCGUGGAAAGGCGCCUCUGUUAGAAAGAGUUGGAUCUGUGAGAACUUCGACUUGGGAAGCCAUCACGCUGGAAGGAGCAGGCCAGACGUACAUAUUUCACCGAGAGGCAUUUACCAAAUCCAUUUCAGCCGAGCCGCCGCAGUUCGAUAUGAUAAAGGAUCGGCAGGUGAGGGUCGGGUACAAGGAGCCCCAGCUGGGAUACUACAUGGACAUUCUCGACUUUAUCACAGGGAACGAAAGGCACAAGGGUGCUGGGCAAGACGCCAGAGAGGUCCGCUUCCCACUCUACGACGACGAAUGGUACAUCCGGGAAGCUCAUAGUACCCCGUACUCAGAAGACGUGCUAGCCUCCAUCGUCCCGCCACCAAACCUAACCUCUUUUGCGGACAGUAUCGAUACGACAUGGCUUACCGAGCUCCUAUACGUGGUGGCUGGCGGCAUGCAAACGUCGUGGACAAUGCUGGUCAUAUUAUCCGCCAGGCUGUUCCCGUUUUUCUUUUUUGCUCUCGAGAUGGUCCGGACGACGAAGCAAGACUAGGACUCGUCUGAGAGAUGGUCGGUCGGCGAGGGAAUAUAACUGACUUGCCCGCUUGAAUCAGGAGGGGCAGCUUAUC